AUGUCGCUCACCCAGCCAGCGUCGCCAGACCUGGGGCAGAUCUUCCCUGCGUCUUGCCCAUGUGCGAACACAAGUGACGCGACCGGUCAACCAUGCGGCAAGGCCGGAGUCAAGACAUGCUCCAACUGCUUCCUGGUCUCGUACUGCAGCAAUAAAUGUCAGAAGCGCCAUUUGAAGAAGCAUAAGAUCGACUGCAAGGCUGAACUAAUCAAGCCGACGUGGGAUCCUCUUCUGGGGAAGGAAGAGUACGAGCCAAAUUCCAUUCCCAUUGACGAGCCAAUCUGGACACAGACAGCCAAAUUAGAUGCCAACGGGAAGCCGUUGAUCAAGUACCUUUGGGGCAAUAUGCCCGCCUUCGAUGUACUCAAACUUGACCGCAAUGAGGGUGCCAACUACGACAGAGACAUCAACCUUCUUUUCGCUGCCUCAGGUGACAUCCGCAACGUAAUCAAGACUAUCACAGGCGUAUCAUCUUCGCAGCAACAGGCCAUCACUGCCGUGAUCAAUGACCGCGAGAUCGACAUCGUGGCUCGCAAUGCUAUCAUGCUCCUGGCCGCUCUCUACGUGAAGCCGACUCCCGUUGCCGCAGCCGCCAUCCUGCACAUCUGGUACUCCGUCAUUAUUCCCUCGUCCGUACUGCAAACUCUGCGUACCACCGUCCUUCCUCUCAUCCAAGACGUGUGCGCCAAAGUUGCAGAGAAGCCGGCGGACCAGCUACUGGCCAAAACAUUCACCCAAGGCCCUUGCCGUCUCCGUCUUGUGCUUGAGAAACGCAACUGGGUCGCCUUGACGGGAUACUUGGAUAUUCCUUACGGACUAACUAAAGAGAGUUGUGAGCGAACAUGGAGGAAUUCGGUGCUGGCGAACGCGCAGAGAUACGAUUGGCACAUGCGGAUGUUCGACCAGAUUCCAGGCUGGCGCGGUUCAACAAAGCGCUUCCGCCUCGAAGGCGUGUUGAUGCCAUUCGGUGCAUCGAGAUCGAUGUUCGAUAUGCCCAACCCGACGUUCUUCCAGCAUUCGAAUGUCUGGCCGAUGAUGCCCCAUUUAGAUCCAUUUGGUGGAUGGUCGCUCGAUGAUAUUCUGCAGAGCACGCCGAUGGCCAAGCACGACAUUCACGGUGGCGUCUUCUUCCUUGUGAGGGAUGUUCUGAUCGAUUUCUGCACGAAGGUCCAGACGAUGAAGGUCAGCUUCGUACUGCUACACACCGAGGCCGCAAACCUACCCAACACGCUGGCAAAAGACUACCACAUGACGCAUUCGUUUGAUCGGAUUGAGGUGUCCAAUGCCACCGACGAGCAGUACCUCGGGCUGGACUGUUUGCGCAUCUUCACUCCCCUCCUCCGACCGCUGAAUGAAAAUCCCUACGCCACUCUGAUGACACUGUUCCUGAAUUCCAUUCGCAUAGCCAUAGGACAGAACCCAGCUGAGGACUUUGCGUGCAUGAUGCGUGAGGCACCACGCGCGGAAAGAUAUCUGCUACCGCAAAGACAGCUCCAAAACUCGCCUUCGUACCAGGCCAAGCUCUAUGGAGCCUGGAAGCUCUUCCGAGACUUUGACGGCCUGUUCGAGAGCUACAGGAAGUUACUCUGUUUCAAUGACGUUGCCAAGAAAGCUGGUCUGCGGGAGAAGCCCAAGCACACCAUCGUCGAGCCCCGGCCAAUGCGACUCAGCAAGGAUGCUACCCAGGCGGAGUUCGACAAAUGCUAUGGGUCGUACCUCUUGGGCUCGGAGCGUUACGUGGAGUGGCAGAGGCUGGCUUAG